CUCCCAGUGUAUAGUUGUUGUUAGUGUAAAACAUAGGAUGCAAAAAAGUUAAGAACUCCCUAUCAUUAUGCUCGUUUCAGCCAUGGUCUUUCAAUCAUGUGCCAUGGUGUCAGAUGCUCCCUUUUAAUUGUGUUGACUGCAGAAAUCAGGAAUGUGAUCCAGGAUUUCACGGCAGUGUCUGCAAUCAGGCAUGUCCUACUAACUGUGAAAAUAACCUUUGCAGCAUGCAAGCCGGGAAAUGCAUGGAAUGUGAUAUUGGUUUUUAUGGUACUCGCUGCGAUCUUCCCUGCUCUGAUAACUGCAAGAACAGUGUAUGUAAAAAGGAAACCGGUCAUUGUGAAGAAUGCGAUGCUGGUUUCUAUGGUACUCGCUGUAAUCAGUCAUGUCCUUGUAAUUGCAAGGACAAUGUAUGCAACAGGGUUAACGGUCAGUGUGAAGUCUCCCAAAACCAAACAGACGCAAUUCCACGAGCGAUGUUCACAAAUACCGAACACGUCACUGGUUACGCUAUUCUGGGAACUCUUCUAGGAAUUUCCAUUUGCUGCAACGUUGGAUUAAUUUUGCUUUUUCUAAGGAUUUCAAGGAAGCUUAAAUUGUCUUCCCAGCCGCCAGUAUCUUAUGGAAUGCAGACAAAUAGUAUCACCGAUGACACUCGCAACUAUGAAGGAUUAGAUGUGGCCAAAAUUGACAACACUAAAAGCAUUUACGACAUCAUUAAGACUUAGAGAAGAAACUUUGAUAGAUCAUGGAUGAUCAGUUUCUAAAUAGCAUACUCACUGUGCAAACAAAAAACAAAACAAAAACUUAAUCUAUCUCAAUGAGAAACGAUUUGAGAAACGAAACAAACAUUUGCUGCUUCAAGACGCUCGAGGUCCCCGUAACGUUCAACACAACGAAGGCGUUCACUACGGAUAUGCUCUUUGACAAGCUACUGUUACCGGGAUCGAGCGGUCGGGGAAAUGUAUUGGAUGAUCUGAAAAGAGGAGGACAAACAGAUUGUCAGCGUUUUCGUUUUAUUCCGACUUCCAACUUCCGGUGCUGAGACCGAUACAAAUACAAAUGUAAUAACUUGUACAAUAUAAUAUAAAACUCUGGCUUGUGUCUAAGGUACAUAUUUUAAAUAAACAAAUUAAACUCAUAUU